GCAGGAACUUCUCUCAAACUUCGGUGGACUCGACACGGAACUUGUUCGAAUAUUCCUCGGGGUUGCACGAGACUACUUCUUUGGCUACUUAUAGCCGCACAAAUUACUAUCCUCUGUCUGGACUUGUCCGACUUGAGUAUCUUCCUCAAUUGAAACCCACCGAUGCUGCUUCUCAGUUUAGCUGCAUUGGCCCUGAGGCUAACUAGUAAUCUCGUACUAAGUCAGCCUCAGGAUGACGCCACCGCCGCAUCUCGCCCAGCCGAAGUUAGGACCAAUCCUGUGAUUUACGAAGAUUUUGCGGACAACGAUAUUACCAGAGUCGACGACACGUAUUAUUUCUCUGCGUCGACCAUGCACUUCUCUCCUGGCGCUCCGAUUCUCCGGUCGCAAGACUUGGUCAAUUGGGAAUUUAUUGGUCAUUCAGUCCCACGUCUCGACUUCCUCGAUGAUAACGCGUACGGUCUCGUGAACUCUACGGCUUACAUUCGUGGUAUUUGGGCGUCAACUCUGAGAUUCCGUCCAAGUAAUGGAAAGUGGUAUUGGAUUGGGUGUGUGGAUUGGGUCAGGUCUUUCGUCUAUACCGCAGAUGCUGUUGACGGUGAAUGGACACAGGCCGGGAUUAUCAAUAACUGUUACUACGAUUGCGGACUUUUCGUUGACGAAGAUGGUAACGGAGGUGACAAGUUGUAUGUCGCCUACGGUGGCAACACGCAGCUUUCUGUGGCCCAGCUCGACGAUACUGGGACAAAGGAAGUGUCCAACCAGGUGGUUUUCACAUUCGACGUUGGUAGGGAAGGAAACCGGAUGUACAAGAGGGAGGGAUUCUAUUACAUUAUCACCGAUGUUCCAGGACAAUCUGAGCUUGUACUAAGGUCGCAAAACCCAUUGGGUCCUUACGAGAAACGGACAUUUUGGGAGAAUGUGAACUCGCCAAUUCCUGGUUCGGGCACCGUCGUUCAAGGUUCCCUAAUUGAUACUCCAGAAGGCGAUUGGUACUUUAUGUCUUUUGCAUGGGCGUUCCCUGAGGGGCGUUCACCUGUUCUAGCACCAAUAACAUGGACCGAGGAUGGCUGGCCUCAGGCAAAUUUCUCCGGAAACAGCUGGCCUACUGAUCUCGCAUUCUCCCUUCCCACCAGCACAGGCUCGCUACAGUCAUGGACUGGUGUGGACAAAUUCACGUCGUUCGGUGUCGAGUGGGAAUGGAACCACAACCCCGUUAACUCAGCUUGGUCCAUCGAAGGCGGCUUGGUGCUCAAAACCGCCUCUGUCACUGACGACUUGUACAAAGCCAAGAACACAGCAUGUCACAGAAUCCUGGGGCCAAAAGCUAACGGGACCAUCCUCAUUGACGUUAGCGGCAUGACGGACGGCGACCGUGCUGGUAUCUCCAUGUUUCGGGACCUAUCUGGCUACAUCGCCGUACAACAAAGUGGUACCAGUCGGAAUCUCGUCAUGCGAAAUAACGUCAACUUGAGUCCUCAGGACCCUGGCGGGACAUGUUGCUGGAGCACCACUAAUAAAGGGGAUGAUAUCGCUACCACCGAGGUGGAGUUGAGUGGAAAUCAAGUGUGGUUGAGAGUGUCUGCGGAUAUUAGCUCCUCUGGAUCCAAGGAGGCAACUUUUUCGUACAGUACGGAUGGAAAUACCUUCAUGGGUUUGGGGAAUACCCUGAAGUUGAACGACGGGUGGCAGUUCUUCAUGGGAUACCGAUUUGGAAUUUUUAACUUUGCGACGAGGGCGCUCGGUGGAUCAGUAGUAGUCAAAUCCUUCGAACACGUGUCUGCUUAAAUACAGGGGGCAUGGAAUGCAUUGAAACUGCU